GGAGGUUCUACGAUGGCGACGGUGGCUGCGGAAGGGUCAGCUGUGGCUGUGGUGACUGAGUCGGGUGCCGACAGCAAAGGCGAGUCACAUGAAGUCGAAGGAGUUGGAGCGGCGGGUGAAGAGAAGGACCCGGCCGCCAAAGCAGCGGAGGCCGCGGGGGACAGUGAGGAGGACGGGGAGGACGUGUUCGAGGUGGAGCGGAUCCUGGACAUGAAGAUCGACGCGGGUAGAAUCCUAUAUAAAGUUCGAUGGAAAGGAUAUACAUCAGAUGAUGAUACUUGGGAGCCCGAGAUUCAUCUAGAGGACUGUAAAGAAGUUCUUCUUGAAUUUAGGAAGAAAGUUGCAGAGAACAAAGCUAAAGCAGUCAAGAAGGAUAUUCAGAAAUUGUCCUUAAAUAAUGACAUAUUUGAGGCAAACUCUGAUAGUGAUCAGCAAAGUGAGGCAAAAGAAGAUACUUCACCAAGAAAGAAAAAGAAAAAAUUAAGGCAGAAAGAAGAGAAAAGCCCAGAUGAUCUGAAAAAGAAGAAAGUGAAGACUGGGAAACUAAAAGAUAAAUCGAAAUCUGAGCUGAACAGCUCCUCUGAAAAUUUGGUUUUUGAUUUAAGGACAAAGAAAAGAAUUUUGGAAGCCAAAGAAGAAUUAAAAGAUGCCAAAAAGCCCAAAAAAGAUGAAAUAAAAGAAACUAAGGAAUUAAAGAAAGUUAAAAAGGCUGAAACAAGAGAUUUAAAGACUAAAAUAAGAGAAGAUACCAAAGAAAUCAGAAAAACAAGAAAAGAGAAAUGUGGUGAAUCUCAGCUAGACUUUGAGUCAAGUGUGGUUAAUGAUUCUCCUCUUCAGGAAGAUACCAGUGAAGACUUACAUUCUGACAACAGAGAAGAGAAACAAAAAAUGAGAAGCUCGAAAGAUAAAAUGGGUGAGGAUGCAGUGCAAGAAAAGCUUUCAGACACACAGCUGGAUGACACUGGGAGUGCUGAUGAGGGUGCCGAUGGCAAGGGCAAGAGGAAGAAAAAGAAGCUGAGGAAGAGUGAAGAGCCAAAAGAGGGCACGAAGCUAGAAAGCAAGAAUGCUUUUUUAGAUAAAAGAACUGUGACUAAAAAGCAAAGGAAUCAAGACAGAGGCAGGAAUAACACAGAGUCAGAUAAACUGUUGCCACUGGCAUCUGUCCAGUCACAGAAGAGUUCCAGGUCAGCAGGUGAAGAGCGAGCCCUCCGCUCAUCAGACGUGGCUGAGGAGGAGAAAGAGAUAAAAAAAAAUGAACCCAAAGAGAAAUAUCACAAAAGAUGUGAUUCAGAAAAGGAAGAAAAGAGCCGAAAAGAACCAAAGGGAUUAAAGACAUUUAAGGAAAUCAGAAAUGCAUUUGAUUUAUUUAAAAAAAAUACAGAAGAAAAAAAUGAUGCUCCUGAGAGUAAUUGGAAAAAAGAAGAAAUAUUGGAUUGUAAAACUGCAGAAGACCAGAAAAGCAAAGAAAACAAGUACUCAUGUAAAGAAAGGAGAGCUACAAGAGAGGAAACUGACACUUGGGCGCACAUUGUUGCAGAAGACGAGCAGGAGGGUUUGGACAGUGUGUGUCCAACAGAUGAGAGUUUGGAUGGCAGGCAACAGAUUUUGAGUUUGGGCCUGGACCUCCAGCUGGAAUGGAUGAAAUUAGAAGAUUUUCAGAGGCACCUUGAUGGAGAAGAUGAGACUUUUGCCACAGCAGAUGCAAUUCCAAGUCAUUUAUUGAGGGAUGCGGUGAAAAAUGGAGAUUAUAUUUCUGUAAAAGUUGCACUUAACUCAAAUGAAGAAUACAACUUGGACCAAGAGGAUUCCAGCGGGAUGACGCUAGUGAUGCUUGCUGCAGCAGGAGGGCAGGAUGACCUCCUGCGACUCCUCAUCACCAAAGGUGCAAAAGUGAAUGGGCGGCAAAAGAAUGGGACUACGGCCCUCAUCCACGCCGCUGAGAAGAACUUUUUAACCACAGUGGCUAUUCUUCUGGAAGCGGGAGCUUUUGUAAAUGUCCAGCAGAGCAAUGGUGAGACCGCGCUCAUGAAGGCCUGUAAAAGAGGAAAUUCAGACAUUGUUCAGCUUGUAAUCGAAUGUGGAGCUGACUGUAACAUUUUGUCAAAGCACCAGAAUAGUGCGCUGCAUUUUGCAAAGCAGUGUAACAAUGUGCUAGUGUACGACUUGCUGAAGAGCCACUUGGAGACGCUUUCAAGAGUGGCCGAGGAGACAAUCCGAGAUUACUUUGAAGCUCGCCUUAUUCUACUGGAACCUGUUUUCCCAAUAGCAUGCCAUCAACUCUGUGAGGGGCCAGAUUUCUCAACAGAUUUCAAUUAUAAACUUCCACAGAACAUGCCAGAGGGUUCUGGCAUCCUGCUCUUUAUUUUCCAUGCAAACUUUUUGGGUAAAGAAGUUAUUGCUCGGCUCUGUGGACCAUGCAGUGUACAAGCCGUAGUUUUAAAUGAUAAAUUUCAACUUCCUGUUUUUCUGGAUAGUCAUUUUGUUUACUCUUUCAGUCCUGUUCCAGGCCCUAAUAAGCUCUUCAUAAGGUUGACAGAAGCACCUGCUGCCAAGGUUAAGCUGCUGAUAGGUGCAUACAGAGUGCAGCUUCAGUGACCAAACAGGAUUUGGAUGGAGCUUUCAGACAAUUAUUUACAUCUCUUUGAAGCAGUUUGGAAUUCUGGCACACCUAAAACUUUCAAGUGUAGUUUCAUCUGUAAACCUCUCAAGCCUGUCAUCUGUUUUGGUCUGUAAGAUCAAUGUGGUGGCUCUAACAUAAACAUAUGUAAAAAAAUAGAUGUAAUUGUGCCAGUCUUCUGAAAUCUUAGUGUUGUACCAAGACUGCGUAUUUCAUUUUUUCCACAAUGUGGAAUAGUACUGUAGGAAGAUUAUUUAAGAAAAUGAAAAGUUUUUUUUUAAAUAACUUUGAAUUUUCUACUAGUCUUGGUGAAUUUGUGUAUAUAUAUAUAAAAAAAGAAAAGUAGGUGCAAAGCACCAGCUUACAGUAGAGAGGCAAAGUAUACUAACUCAGGUUGCCCAAGCUCUGAAUAAAGGAUGACUCUGCUGCCCUUGA